AUGGAUAUCUCGGAACAAGAAUUCACUUCUGUUGAAGGUCAUGUUGAGGAAGAAGCUGUGCAUUUUAGAAAAGUGCUCAACACAUUCGCGCUUUAUAAAUCUUACGCGUUAUCUUCGAAUAAUCGUCGCCGAACAGAUUAUCAUUCACUUCCAGAACGGCAUAAAGCUUUAUUGCCUGAUUACCUGGAGAAAUUGAAUAGAGUAGACCAAGCAAUUAUAAAGAAUUAUGAAGUGGUGAAAAAAAUUCUAACAGAUGACCGAUUAUUUGUUGAGCGAGAGAAGAGUGAAUAUUCAGCGAAUGUAGAAAGUGGAACAUCAGCAUUUGAUGAGAAUAAUGAAAUGUCUUCAGUUUCGCCUUCUUCGCAAAUAACUGAUUUUGAUAUGGAUAAGUUACGAAGUACGAUCAAACAAUUCGUGAGAGAUUGGGCAGAAGAAGGGAAAGUGGAACGUGAUGCCGUGUAUUUGCCACUAAUAAAUGAAAUUAAUGAAUUUUUUAAAGAGGUUACUCAAGAGCAAAGAUCUUCAGUUCGCAUCUUAGUCCCCGGUGCAGGACUAGCUCGAUUGGCUUUUGAUAUUGCAAAAUUGGGUUAUAGUUGUCAAGGAAAUGAAUUUUCGUUCUACAUGUUAUUAGCAUCACAUUUCAUAUUGAACAGAAUCGAGUACAUUCAUCAAUAUGAAAUCUACCCUUACAUCCACUCCUUCUCUAACAUUAAAUCAUCCGAAGACCAAUUAAAGCCGGUAUUUAUUCCGGAUAUAUUACCCAAUGAUUUACCUUCAGACACUGAUUUUUCAAUGGUUGCUGGUGAUUUCGUCGAAGUAUACGGAAGUGAUGAGUAUAUGGACAAAUGGGAUUGCAUUGUGACUUGUUUUUUUAUUGACACAGCAAAGAAUAUUGUGGAAUACAUUGAAAUAUUUCAACGUAUCUUGAAACCUGGAGGAUUGUGGAUAAAUAUUGGUCCAUUAUUAUAUCAUUAUGAAAACAUGCCUGACGAGAUAUCGAUCGAAUUGAGUUUAGAACAAGUAAAGGAAGUAGUCAAAAAAUUCGGUUUUGAAUUUCAGAAGGAAAAAAUGAUCAGGACUACUUAUACUACAAAUCCAAAAGGAAUGCUCCAGUAUUUAUACGAGUGUGCAUUUUGGUCUUGUAUAAAAAAAACGCACGGUAAAACUAACGGUGAUAAUAAGUAG